CGCUCUAUCUCCAUCUCUUCUUAUUCUCUCUCUGCAUUUCCAUGAAAACCCUAAAUUUUUUUGUCCCCUCUUUCUCCCACUAAAACCCUGUAAGGGCCCUCACGCCCUCUCAACUGUUCCCCUGUGUCACAAGAUUGCUUCCACAUUUCGACUUUCGGUCUCCUUUUACUUUUUACUCUCUCUCUCUCCUCUUUCUAGUUUUCUUUCUCUCUCUGAGAGAAUCGUGGGUUCUAUGCAAAAUUCUCUGGAAAUUUGCAGAGGAAAGGGCUUCAUCAGCUUUGGCAAGCAUUGGUAUGAUGGAUGGAGCGUACUUUGUUGGAAGAAACGAGAUUUUGGCAUGGAUUAAUGCCACACUCCAGCUUAGUCUCACCAAAGUUGAAGAGGCUGCCUCUGGUGCUGUCCAAUGCCAAAUGAUGGACAUGAUCCAUCCAGGAAUUGUACCCAUGCACAAGGUAAACUUCGAUACAAAGACGGAGUAUGAUAUGAUCCAAAACUACAAAUUGCUGCAGGAAGUUUUCACCAAGUUAAAGAUAGAGAAGCACAUAGAAGUCAACAAGCUUGUUAAAGGGCGGCCUUUGGACAACUUGGAAUUCCUACAAUGGCUAAAGCGUUACUGUGAUUCAGUAAAUGGUGGUAUUAUGAAUGAGAACUACAAUCCUGUGGAGAGAAGAUGCAAAGGGACCAAGGAGCGAAAGGGAGCAUCAAAUUUUACCAAAGGUUCUAACAAAAGUUCAAACUCCUUGCUAACAAACAGCUUAUCCACUGUCGGUGGUGUAGACAAUUCGGGUGUGAACACUUCGGUGGGACGGACAAAGCAAGGAAAAGUUUCUACUGCUUCAGGUGCAGUAAAUGCUACAGGAACGAUCCAGGCGAUGUCUGAGCAGAUUGCAGAUCUCAAGCUUUCUAUGGACCAUUUAGAGAAAGAGAGAGAUUUUUACUUUGGAAAAUUACGUGACAUUGAAAUUCUUUGCCAAACCUCUGAGUUGGAGAAUCUACCUGUGGUGGUGGCUAUAAAAAAGAUACUAUAUGCUUCAGACAAUAGAGAAUUAGCUAUUGCCGAGGCUCAGGAACUACUAAGCCAAUCGCUUUGUGUGGUUGAGAGAGGUGGAUACAACUCCGAGGAUUCGCUUCCAAAAGGCGAUUGAGUACUGUGAGAAUGAUUAACCAUGAAAAAGAGUGAGGAAAAAAAAAGGUAGUGUUAGAAUGAUACAACUAACGAAGCAGUGACUUUGUAAAUUUUUUUCUGUUUACAGAAGGUUCAGGGGCAACACAUGAUCAGUGAAGCCCUUCCUUUUCCCUCCUGCACCAUGUCCACGAACUUGACAGUGGUGUGUACAGACCAUGGACUAAACUUCUUCUUAAAAGAAUUCUGAAGGACGAAAGAGAAAGUAAGGUGCUUAUUGCAUUGCCUGCCUUUUGCCUGCCUUUCUCUAACUACAUUAGCAUGCAGCUGCAUCUAUAGUUUGGAUGAAAUUUGAGUGGACUGGUUUGCAAAUUGGGAUUAUUUUUAUUGUCAAUGUUGCAGAGAAUUUCGAAUUUCUUUCAUUCUUUCUUUUUUCUUUUCUUUUUUACUUUUUCCAUCCCUUCUAUUUUCUAUUAUGAAAAUUUUGAAGAGAAACUGAGAGAUUGAAGUUUGAACCAUAUCAAUGUGUUCUAGAACUCUUCAAGGUA